AUCACGGAGACGCCAGUCUGGACAUCCCCGCCUCCUCUGACACUGUCGGGUCCGAUCGGAGAGGGGUCACCGCCUCCUUCAGCGCACAGGAGGGGGGCGGAGCCCGGCUCAGGAUCAUGGAUUUUCCUGGUCACUUUGAACAGAUCUUCCAGCAGCUGAACUACCAGAGACUUCAUGGGCAGCUCUGUGAUUGUGUCAUUGUAGUGGGGAACAGACACUUUAAAGCCCACCGCUCUGUGCUGGCAGCAUGCAGCACACAUUUCCGAGCCCUGUUCUCAGUGGCAGAGGGAGAUCAGACCAUGAAUAUGAUCCAGCUGGAUAGCGAGGUAGUGACAGCAGAGGCCUUUGCUGCACUGAUUGACAUGAUGUAUACCUCCACCCUCAUGCUGGGGGAGAGCAAUGUUAUGGAUGUCUUAUUGGCAGCCUCUCACCUGCAUUUGAACUCUGUUGUUAAGGCGUGUAAACAUUACCUAACGACAAGGACGCUGCCCAUGUCUCCCCCCAGUGAGCGCGUUCAGGAGCAGAGCGCCCGCAUGCAGCGCUCCUUUAUGCUACAGCAGCUGGGACUAAGCAUCGUGAGUUCAGCACUCAAUUCUAGCCAGAGCGGUGAGGAGCAGCCAGCCCCCAUUAGCUCCUCCAUGCGCAAUAACCUGGACCAGCGGACGCCCUUCCCCAUGAGACGCCUUCACAAGCGCAAGCAGUCUGCAGAGGAGCGAGCCAGGCAACGCCUCCGGCCCUCCAUGGAUGAGUCUGCCAUUUCAGCUGUUACUCCAGAGAGCGGGCCUUCAGGGGUCCAUCCUCGGGAAGAGUUCUUUUCCCCAGAUUCUCUGAAAAUUGUGGAUAAUCCGAAAGCCGACGGGAUGACCGACAACCAAGAAGACGGUGCUAUCAUGUUUGACCAGUCUUUCGGCGCUCAAGAAGAUGCCCAGGUGCCCAGCCAGUCUGACAACAGUGGCAACAACAUGGCACAGUUGUCCAUGGCCUCGCGUGCAACUCAGGUUGAAACUAGUUUUGAUCAGGAUGCUGCAACAGAGAAAAGUGGCUUUCCAUGUGACAAUCCUGAAGUUGGCCUUGGUGAGAAGGAGCACAUGAGGGUGGUGGUCAAAUCCGAGCCCUUGAGCUCACCUGAGCCUCAGGAUGAAGUGAGCGAUGUGACCUCACAAGCAGAAGGCAGUGAGUCUGUGGAAGUGGAAGGAGUUGUGGUCAGUGCCGAGAAGAUAGACCUCAGCCCUGAAAGCAGUGAUCGGAGUUUUUCAGAUCCCCAGUCUAGCACGGAUAGGGUAGGUGACAUCCACAUUUUGGAAGUCACAAAUAACCUAGAGCAUAAGUCCACUUUUAGUAUUUCAAAUUUUCUUAACAAGAGCAGAGGAAGCAACUUCAGUGCAAAUCAGAACAAUGAUGAUAAUAUCCCGAACACCACUAGUGACUGCAGGCUGGAGAGCGAGGCCCCUUAUUUGCUGAGUCCUGAAGCUGGGCCUGCGGGCGGGCCCUCCUCUGCUGCUGGCUCCCAUGUGGAGAACCCAUUUAGUGAACCUGCAGACUCCCACUUCGUUAGGCCUAUGCAGGAGGUGAUGGGCCUGCCGUGCGUGCAGACUUCAGGCUACCAAGGAGGAGAACAGUUUGGGAUGGAUUUUUCCAGGUCUGGUUUGGGCCUCCACUCCUCCUUCUCCCGGGUAAUGAUAGGUUCCCCAAGGGGAGGAGCCAGUAACUUUCCAUACUACCGCCGCAUAGCUCCCAAAAUGCCAGUUGUAACUUCUGUCAGGAGCUCACAGAUCCCAGAAAACUCUGCCAGUUCCCAGCUAAUGAUGAAUGGCGCCACAUCCUCCUUUGAAAAUGGCCAUCCUUCCCAGCCUGGCCCUCCACAGUUGACCAGGGCAUCUGCUGAUGUCCUGUCCAAGUGCAAGAAGGCCUUAUCAGAGCACAAUGUUUUGGUUGUGGAGGGAGCUCGCAAGUAUGCCUGCAAAAUCUGCUGCAAAACUUUUCUGACUUUGACAGAUUGCAAGAAGCACAUCCGUGUUCACACAGGUGAAAAACCCUACGCCUGCCUGAAGUGUGGCAAGAGGUUCAGUCAGUCCAGCCACCUGUAUAAACACUCGAAGACUACCUGCCUGCGCUGGCAGAGCAGCAAUCUUCCCAGCACUUUGCUCUAGCCGUUUGUCCUCACGAGACAAUGCAGAGGCCAGUUGUAGGACUGACUCUCUUUUGGUAAGCAGUUAAUGCCAUUGGGGUUGAAGCUUCAGGCUGCCCGGUGGCUAUUGCAAAUUUCAGCGUGAUAAGUGGAGAACUGACACGUGUAGCAUUUAUGCUGCUGCAUUUCUGAAUGAAGUGCACGCCUUGGGAGAGGGAUGCAGUCCCUGAAAGCAAGUUCUUCCUUAGGGUUGAGUAAUGCAGUCAGAAAGUAGUUUGUAAUUGAUGUUGUUAAAAGUGGCACAUUUAAAAAUUUAAAAAUAGAAGUGCAAAAAAAUUUUUUUAGCAAUUUUUGUAAAACUCUGUGAAGGAUUUAAUUAAAUCUCCUAAACCCUCUGAUGGGAAUAUUAUAUCACUGUACAGUGAUGCAAAAAGCACUUAUGUGUAACCAGUGGCGACUUGGUGCCUGUCUAAAAGGAAGGCCCUUGAGGACAUGCCUGUCUGCCACAAAUGCUUUAAAGUGUAUCAUGAGCUAGUCCUAGGCCUCAGAAAGUACUGUAUUUUUUAUUUUUGUCUGAUUUGCAGUCACAGACACUGCACUUUGAUGGUGCUGACACUGUGUCCAGAGAAAGCAUUCUCUUGGACUAUUAGGUGUAUAUACUUUUGAAUACAUCACUGUUGGAUAGAUGUUUUAACAGUUUUUUCUGGUUUUAAAAACAGUUGUAAAUGGAGUAUGUGCUUGUAGAGAGUGACAAGUAGGAUAUUGUUCCUGUAUGUGCUGUUUAGCAGUAUUUUAACCAACUUGUAUCACAGAUGUUACAGUUCCAUGUUAGGAAGUCACAAAAGAGCUUGUGUUUGUCUUUGUUCUGAUGAUGUGGGGUCAUGUUUUGUGGGGUCUUUCUUGGCACAUUUACCCCUUGCUCCAUCCAGACGUCAAGGGCCAGUCCAGGCUGACACAUCGUACCCGAGGACAAGCUCUGCUUCAUUUCUUCACACUCCCAUGCCCCAAGUGGAGUCUCUCCAGGCCUAGAUUACUGUUUUCAAUUACAGACUAACCAAAAAUGCCACCCCUCUCCCAUUAUUACUGUUAUAUACUGUACUCCAGCAGUAUAGACCCUCAACUUUUAUUGUUGUUUCCCUAGUCCAAUACUGAAUGUUGAAAAUUGUUUGAAAUCCAAAAGUAGCAGUGGUCGUGGAUAUUUUCCAGGCUCCGUAAGAGAAUUAGGCAGCCCAUGGCAUAGCCAGGCUAUGCCGUGUAGCGGGUAGCAUCUGAGACUGUUGGAGAGGCAUUUGGGUCACUGUGGGCCCGCCGGCUCACUUCCCCAGUGCCACUUUGCUGUCCUCUGACACUGUGCCAGCAAGGCUGUUAGUGGCACCUAUGUUAGGCCAAGCUUUGGCUUAUGUGCAUCCAGGAGACUAGCACAGGUUAAUGUAUCUUUGUAGGAUUCAUGAACUCAGUCUAAUUCAUGCAUGAACAUGAGUUCAUUUUAUUUUUUGAUCCAGCUUUUUUAGAAAUACCAAACCAUUGUGCAUAAUUUAGAGGAAUUAUUCCAUUCUUGUGUUUAGAAAGCUAAGUAUUUAUGUGUAGUCUAAAACAAAAAUUAGCGUGUGUUCUCUUAAUCUAAUGUGUGCAGUUGUACAUCUGUGGAUGAAUCCAUAACUUCCCAGAGGGGCUUUCCAUCUCCCAUGAACUGAUUCCCAGGCAGGAAAACCAAUAGGGAUAUCUGCGAUUUCUUUUGAGUAGACGUGGGAAAGAGCCCCUUGGAGUGUAGGGGAUUACCUGGGACAUUCAGUUCCUAUGACUCAUUGUGGGCAGUCCAUGUUCUGACACAGUGUGAGGAGAUGCCACAGCCACCCCUCCACACGAUGUAGGGACGUCUUGUGAGGAGGUUGAUCUGGGGGCUCAGGUGUGUCAGCCUGGAGAAUGAGAGAGGCCCUACCUGGGCCCAGGGAGAGGAGCCAGUGGCAUGGGCAGAGCAGCGUGGUGCUCCUUCCCUUCCAUCUUAAGGAGGCGGUGCCAGGAGCCUGUGCCCUCACCUCCACUCACAUGUUAGCAGACAUUUUGCUUUGGGGGUUGUCUCUGACACAUGCUGGAGCCUUGCCUCUCCAUUGCUAGAUGGAACCUGGAAUCUCUCAUCUACCUCUUAUGUCAAAUCAGUUUCUACAUGUGAGAAGCAAGCUGUGGGCCAGUGUCCUCGUACGUGCUGUAGCACUUAAAACAUAACGUCAAGGUUCCCUGGAAAACCAGUCCCAGGGUUCCUGUGAACUGUAGGUUCUACCUGGAUUAUAACUGGUUGGGUACCUGAAGUUUUGAUUGGUUAGCCUUAAUUGGCCUGGCAUGAUCAUGUAGACUCUUUUCUGGUGAUCGGAUCCUAAAGUUCUAUGAAGGCACCCAUGUCAGUGGUGCUAUGCUGGUCACAAUUUAAGAUUUUGAAAUAAAAAAUUUGUCACAUUCAUGCCUCCAAAUAUGUGUUUUUAUUUUGCUUGGUUUAUUAAAGUUGAAACCAAAAAGGGUAGUGUCUCUUUCUCUGCUAGCCCCACUUUGACUAGUACUUUUUUAAAAGCAAGCCUCGUAUGUUGUCCAUAACAUUGUUAUAUACCUUAAAUACAUAUAAUAAAAUUAUUUAAUUAAAAAAG